UUAUUCUUCUGGCGAGUAUUCGGCCUUCCCCUACCUGCCUGUUAAACCUCACAAAACCCUCAUUCGUCCCCAAGCCUCGUCACUACUCUUUCUUAUUCGUCUCGCCUCGCCGCGCCUCGCCACGCCUCGCGGCCGGAUUUCGUCCGCUCGGCACGUCGAAAAGUAAAGAGAAGUCGGAGUCGGAGUCGGAGUCGGAGUCGGAGUCGGAGUCGGAGGCUGAGGUGUGAUCAACUACCAUGUCUCGGAUCGCUCGAUCUCGCUCUCUCCCGACCCUGCUCUCCCGGCGGAGCAGAUCCCUCAGCUCUUCCUCCACCCUCUCCUCCUCCUCCUACUCCUCCUCCUCCUCCUCUGAGGCCGCCGCCGCCGCCGCUGCGGAGGAGCACGUCGCCGGCGAGCGGCCUCCUCCGACGCCUCCGCCUUCCACCGGCGCUCGCAAAUCCCGGAGUCUUCUCAAGUUUGGGGCCUUUGCAUCUCUCGCCGGCGUCCUGGGAGCCGCUGGAUAUGCCACCUAUGCAUAUACCUUAGAUGAAGUGGAUCAGAAGACUAGCUCUUUUCGGAAAACUGCCAAUCUUUCGGUCGGUGAUGAUGCACCAACUUUCGAGAAAUUCCGGGCUUUAAUUUACUCAACAGCUAUGAAAGUUCCUGUGAAGGCCAUUGAAUUAUAUCUGGAUAUUAGGAGCAAAGUUGAGGAGCAUGUGCGGGGCUUUACAGAGCCUUCAUCAGACAAGCUACUUCCCGACCUACUUCCUGAGGAACAACAUGUAUAUACUCUUGUUCUGGAUCUCAAUGAGACUCUUGUGUAUUCUGACUGGCAGCGUGAUAGAGGAUGGAGAACAUUUAAACGACCUGGUGUUGAAGCUUUCCUGGAACAUCUUGCAAAGUUUUAUGAAAUUGUUGUGUACUCUGAUCAGCUAAAUAUGUAUGUAGAUCCUGUUGUGGAAAGGUUGGAUCAAAAAGGUUGUAUUCGGUAUAAGCUGUCAAGAGCUGCAACAAAGUACCAAAAUGGGAAACAUUAUCGGGACCUAUCAAAGCUGAAUAGAGAUCCCUCACGCAUUCUUUAUGUCAGUGGACAUUGUCUAGAGUCAACUCUUCAGCCCGAAAAUUGCGUGUCCAUAAAACCAUGGAAGCUUGAAAAUGAUGAUACUGCACUACUGGAUCUUCUUCCAUUUCUAGAAUUUGUGGCCGUCCAUAGACCUGCUGACAUAAGGUCUGUCCUUGCAUCCUAUCAAGGCCGUGAUAUUGCUACCGAAUUUAUCGAGCGUUCAAAAGAAAUGAAGAGGCGGAUGCAAGAAGAGAAGCGUCCAAGUUUCUGGAGGCGUUGAGGGCACAACCGGUUUGAAGAAGCUUGUCUCGCACAUGCUUGCGUGAAUUAUUGGCUUUUUGACUCUAGCAAAUGCUUAUUGAAAGUGUUGAAAUCCAGUGGUCUUCUAUCCUUCAAUUACAUCAUUUUUGUUUUCAAUUUUAGCAGCUUUUUUCGUACUUUCAUUAGAUAUGCUGGUGAUGAACGAUAAUUUGUCAUUUGCAUUUUUUUUGCUUUUUCUAGUGUAGUGAUAAUGAUAACAUGUUAAAAGUUGGGUACUCUCCAUCUAUUGGACUUGCUCGUGAUGGCAUCAUGGCUAUUAUAAGAUGGUGAUUUUUCCUGUUACGCUAUUACGCAGCAGGAGCUGCAUUUUUGAAUAGUGAUUAUCUUUUCGUUUUGACA